AUGCGCCUCACUGCCCUCGCCACACUCAUUGCCCCUCUCGCUGCUCUUUCAGCCUUGGCUGCACCUACCCCGGACACCAUCAACCUGGCCACACGUGAUGAGGCUGAUGUGAUCGUCGGCCGCGCCCUCGCUUCCGUCGACCCUUCGACUACCUCUGUCACCGACAUCGAGCGCGAGAUUUCCCGGGUGGAGGUUGGUGCCCAUGCCCUAGCCGCCCGCGAUGUCGGGAAAGAUGCCUUUGUUACCGCCAACAGCGGCAUCCACUCAAUCCAAUGCCUGCAGUACCUUCUGACUGCGCGUGGAUUCCGCACCGACCGCGACGGCAUUCUAGGCGCCGAUACGAUCGCCCAGAUCAAAGCGUUCCAGAAGUCCAAGGGGUUGACCGUCGACGGCUCAGCCGGACCGGCCACUCUCAGCGCCCUCAUCGCUCUCGUUGAGAGUGGAGACACUGGCGUCUUCGCCAAAGCUGCCCAGAAGGGCCUUAAUAAGUUUGGUGCCAAGCUCGAAAUCGACGGUAUCUUCGGCGCCAGUUCAGUCGCCGCGACCAAGAAGCUUCAGACUGCCAACGGUUUGACGGCGAGCGGCAAGGUCGGUGGCAGCACGUGGUCGCUCUUCUUCGGGGGCGCCGGCAAGGUGGCAGCGGACUGCGACAACGUCAAGGCCAGUGUUGCGAAGAGUGCCACCACCCUCGUCGGAGACUUCCGCGUGCACAAGUGUCUCGCAUCCAAUCUCAAGGCGAUGCUGGCCGCCGCCAAGGCCGAUGGUGUUACCCUUUCGCACCGGUCAUCCUACCGCUCCACGGAGGAGCAAAUCGCGAUUCGCAAGCAGUACUGCGGCACGACACACUACGACAUCUAUGAGAAGCCAUCGAACCAGUGCUCUCCUCAUGCCGCCCCCCCCGGCACCACGCGACACGAGCGUGGCCUGGCGAUCGACUUCCUUAACUGCCGUGAUACGACAGCGUGCUUCAAGUGGUUAAGUGCCCAUGCCGCCAAGUACCACUUCAAGAACUAUCCCCCCGAGAACUGGCACUGGUCGUACGACGGCUACUGA